AUGCGCAAAGCUCACUAUAUGCUCGAUCGAGAUCUUAAAGACAAAUUUACUGCACAAUCAAUUGAUAAACAUACUAUGAAUUUAAAUUUAACAAGUUCAUCAAUUUAUCUUAAAGAAGGUAUAACAAAUAUUAAUUCUCGAUCAUUUUCCAAACCAUUUUGGGAAGAAUAUUCAGAUGAAAAUACAAAAAAAGAAUGCUGA